CUCACAGUCUAGCAAAGUGAUUUGCAGAAAGAACAUGCUCAAAACGUUUUUAAAAAGCUAUGCUGUGAAAUUUGGCAACAUGUAUUAAGUGUCAUGAAACAGUUAUUUCCUUUGACACAUAAUGCCUCUUUUGGGACUUUAUUCUACAGGAAUAAUGUGAAAUGUUAAAAUGUCAUAUGCACAAACAUACUUCACAGAGUUCUUUCAAAACAAUUCAAAGGUCCAGUAUUUUAACAGUGGAAUGUUCAUGUGAAUUGUAUCAGUAUGUCAUUCAGUGGAAUCAUGCAACUUUUAAAAACUUCGAAUACUAUUAAAUUAGAAAUGUAAUUAUCAUUUAAGAAGAAGCAGGGCAUACAAUUAUUGGUGCACUAUAGGUUUCAAAUGUAUAACAUGCAUAUGAGAAAUAUUGAAAGGGAAUAAAUUAAAAUUAUAAAUUUUAAGACAGUUGUAGAAUUGCAAGUAGUUUCUUUUCUUUUUAAAAUAGCUGUAUUACAUUCCUAUUAUUGUUACAAGUUGUUUUACACAAAAGUAAUGUUUUGUUUCCUACGGAGGACCUUAUAUUGUGCAGUGAGCUUGGAAGAUUACUUGGACCAUUAGAGAUUUCUACUAAUGAUCCCUGACCUUGGGAUCAAUACUUCUGCAGUCUCGUUAGGAUCCUUCUCUUGUUUCCACACAAUCAUCUUUAAAUUUACAUCAUUAGUUUAAAUGGAUCAAAUAGAUUAGAUUAAGGGAAUACUUAAAACACAGUCCCCCCUGGAAGUGACUGAAAGGAGUCCUCUUUAAAUAUACAAGUCAUUACUAGGCUGUCAAGAACCAUUAGUAGCCCAUAGUAGUGAUGACCAUAACCAUUGAUCAAUACCAGCAAUUUGUUUCAUCUCUUAAUUUCGGACAAGGGGACCACCUUGUCCUUUAACUCUUGGCAGUUCAAAAGUUAGAAAGAGAAAGAGAGGAAGAGGAUAGUUAAGAAGGAAGAUGGGGAAGCAAAAUGAGUGAGCUGUGACAAGAAAAGACCAAGGCAGAGAAGAAAGGUUUUUAACAGUAAGUGUGUCUACCUCUCUCUGAUGUUCCUCUCUGAUGUUCCCUUUCUUCACCUUUUUUUUUUUUAUCUCUUCCCUGCUGCUCAUUGGAGCCUUUCAAAUAGAAGCACUGUGAUUUCAAAAGCUAUGACUAUUUUUGAUCUUUCCUCUAAUCUAUAUUAUGAGGUGGUCUUGGCCAGGAGAUCUGUUCUCUUGAUUUACAUAGUACACUGUACCAAAAGUAGGAGGUUUAGCAUCACAGGCAAAGACAAGUACAAAAUAAGGGGUAAACAGAAUACAGAGAGUAUGGGCAGGCACCCCAGUAGCCUUUUCCACGCUGCGGUCCCUAGCUCUGAGUUCGAAGAGGCUGGUGCAAAUGAGUGCGUCCUAUAGCUGUGCUACCUAGGCCUGUCUCAAAAAUCCAGACAAGAUGAUCCUCACUUUCACCACCAUACAGAUUGCACAGCUUCUGAUGGAAGGUGCAAUACAUCUGCUUGUCAGUCAGCUCAGGACAGGUGAGUUGCUGACUUUCCCUGUGGGCGAGUGAAGAAGGCAGCUCAUGCUUCUUGACAUUAUGGAGGCCCAGCAGUGAACUCUCAUGUGUACAUUAAUGUGCAUUUUACCUUUUUACCCAUUCUAGGUAACUUAUAAAGGACAGUGAAACUUAAAGAAAUAGCGAAUAUCAGUCCCAAGUAACUGGGACUAAAGGCGCCCGCCACCACGCCCGGCUAUUUUUUUUUUUUUUUUUUUUGUAUUUUUAGUAUUUUUAGUGGAGAUGGGGUUUCACCAUGUUAGCCAAGAUGGUCUCUAUCUCCUGACCUUGUGAUCCACCCGUCUCGGUCUCCCAAAGUGCUGAGAUUACAGGCGUGAGCCACUGCGCCCGGUCCAAGAGAUGCUUAUUUUUUAUGACUGAAAUCAAACACCUGUUAUAUUGAUUCAGGUUUUAAGACUGGAUCUGAAAGAAACUGACCCAAUUUUUUAAUGGUAUUAUUAUAUAACAUGUAAUAUAACAGUGAAAUAUAAAAUAUGAAAAGCUGCAGCCUUCUUGUAUGCUUAGGUUGCUCAUAAAUUGAAUAAUGAGUUUCUAGAAAAUGUAGUCAUUAUGCCUAGCCUUUCUCAGGGAUAUCAUUAGCCCAGUUAUUUAUCUGCUCCACUGGUUUGCAAGGGAAAAGCAGCAUCCCUGGGCCAGGCUAGGACUUUUUCCUGGUUCCCGGGGCCUGGCAGCCCUUUCAAGAAACAUUCUCUUCCUGCCUUACCUCAAAAGGUCAAGUAUUUUCAUGGCACUUACUAGGGCUGGCAGAGUUGUGCUCUUUCUACAUCACCGAGCAUCAAUCUGAAGCAUCACAAGGAAAACUGUCUGCUAUUUUUCUGGUCAUAAAAGAGAAAAUACAAGUUGUUUUGUCUAUAAGGAAUUAAUUGUAGUUUUUUUUUUUCUCCACAGACUCUGUCUGUGGGGAGGAAGUGGGUCUUCACGUAAAUAAAUUGGAUCAUUAUUAAGGAAAGAGUGAGAAGGGAUGUGGUGGGGAUUCCUUGGAGAAGAAGAGAGUGUGGAAGUGCUGUUAGGAUACAGAAGGGCACAUGGAGAGGAAAGAUUCAGGGCCAUAUCUCAGCCACAUCAUCUUUGCAGUCAUUUGGUUGUUGCACUGCAAGGAGGCCAUCUGGAAACAACUGCACCAUCAGAAGAUGUUCUUUUCCUCCAGGUGUGCUUUAAUAGCAAAACAUGCUACUGCGACAUUUCUAGUUCAACCAAGAACUUGGCAAGAUGCAGCCUUUGUGGGGAAUCAAAAGUAGUAUGUUCCUGAUAAACUUUAGAUUUGAGACAUUGAUGCCUCUGAUUAAAAGAGAGAGAGAAAGACAAGGAGGGAAGAAGGAAGGGAAGGGAAAGGAAGGGAGAGAGGGAGAGAGGGAGAGAAACUAAUAACUUAAUUCUCUCCAGUGGGUGAACAAAAUGGCCACUUUGUGGAGACUAAAACCCUACAUUUUUAAUAAACAAAUGAGCUACGUCACUUUGAGUCAUAUUUAGAACAGGGAUCUAUGAUAUUUCCCUUCAUAGUGAUAACAAGGGGAAGAAUACUUCUGAGUUAGGAAAGAAAUAGAAUGUUUGAUCCUAUUUAAGUGUACAACAGGAAAUUUAAAUAAUCUUGCCAUGUAGGUUUAGGAAGUGCCUCUGAAAUAGCCCCAUCUUUUUUUGAACCCCAUUUUAUAGUUGUCUGUUCAAAACCAGAUAUAAUUCCCACUCCUUGACUUUUCUGAGCAUUUCCCCUCUUUAAAAAUGUAAGCCCUUCUUACCUUCUCACUUAGAGUAUCAAUUCCUGCUACCUCUUUACUUUUGACCCAGUAUCCAUCUAAAAGUUAAAACCUCUUCACUAAUUCUUUUUAGCUCAUCAUAUUUCAAUCCCGUGGAUUUCUGUUUAGAAUAUCUCUAUCUCCUUUUUACAUAAAUUUGUUUAUAAAUAGGGCGACUGUAUGUCGCAUUUUUCAUGAGACAAUCUUGGUUUACACAUAUUAUGAUUGUUAACAGCGCGCCCCCCCUUAAUUUGCUAAGCAUUGCAAUUUGGAAUAUAAAUGGUAUAGUAACUCUAUUUAUAAGUUAAGUAUGCAUGGAAAUGAGCAAAAUUUUGUACAGACUUUGAAAAAUUCUUAUAAUUUUUUAAAUUAAACUCCUGAAACACCUUUCUCGUACUGUUUUCCUAUCUAUUCAUAAGUGAAAUAUACACCUUGAUAAGAGACCAAGUUUUCUGUCAUCACUUCACGUCACUUAAACAUUUAAAAAUAUUUCUAAAUCUCAGCAAUGGAUUUAGGAUCUAGUUAAACACUCUCGGAAGCUGUUUGGGUAGGAGGGUUUGUUUUUGUUGUAUUUCCCCCUUUAAAAACUGGGCAUUGGGACAGAUAAUCAUUGAGUUGCAGCUGUUUUGGUCAUAUGCUCCUUUAUAGUGCCACUCUGUUAAUUUUGCAUUAUGCUGUUUCCUGGUACUUGAAUUUUGCCAGACAAAUAUUUAUGGAAUGAGUGUUAAUAGAAAUUUAAAUUGGGGAUUGAAAAAAGAAGUUAGGAUGGGCAAGUAAGUCAGAAUCCAGAUUUGUUUUAUGUUGAAUAGAUUAAUCACUCAGAGUUAUUUUUAGCUAAGGAAAUUGACCUUUUUUAAAAACCAGGUGAAGAAAUAAUUUGAGACUCAGACAUGAUAAUUCUAUUUGCAAGACCUGCGAGCUUUUUAUGGACAGUAAUAGUGUCUUAAAGUCUUAAGUUACAUCCAUUUAUAUAUCAAAUUAUGAAAGGGAAAUAUUGAUGAAAUCCAGGAUGAUUAUUUAUCAAGGAAACACUGCAAUGGAUGUCAGUCUUCACAGCCAUUUAAGAAAAAUUAUUAUUGAUCUUGUAAUUUUUCUGUGAUAAAGACACUGGAAGCUCAAGAACAAAAGCAUUAUAGUUGCCUGUGUGAUGUUGCUUUACCAAUAAGAAUAUUUCUGUAAAUACUCCUACCUUCUGUCAGUAAUCUCUGUCUGUCCAUCAUUAGUUUGUGUUAUAUAAUCCUUGAAUUUUAAAUUAUAAAAAUUAUUGAACUAAAAUUUUAGCAACAAUGAAAUGGAAUAUGCCUCUUCUUUUCUGAACAAUGCUAAAUAUGUCUCUAUUUAUCUCUAAAUAUGAGUUAUAAAACCUACCAGAGAGAGUUGCUCUAAGGAUUAAAUGAGAUUCUGUGUGGUGUGUGUGUGUGUGUGUGUGUGUGUGUGUGUGUUAUCCAAUAAAUGGUGGUAGGCACUAUAUAAGUGGCAUUUAUUAUAAACAUCUUAUUUCUUAUUAAAUUGAUAGUGUUCAAACUUGGUUUUAUAGAUACUUGUGAAGGCAUUAUUAUUUUUGUUAUUACCAUUAUUAUUUUUAGAGAUAGGGUCUUGGUCUGUCACCCAGGCUGAAAUGCAGUGAUGUGAUCACAGCUCACUGCAGCCUCAGACUCCUGAGCUCAGGUGACCCUCCUGCCUCAGCCUCCUGACUUGCUGGGACUAAAGGUGUGCACCACCAUGCCCAUCUAAUUUUUUUUUUUUUUUAACCUUUUGUAGAGAUGAGGUCUCUCUAUGUAGCCCAGCUGGCCUUGAACUCCUGGCCUCAAGCAAUCCUCCUACCAUGGCCUCCCAAAGCACUGGGAUUAUAGGUGUGAACCACAUUGCCCAGCUUGUGAAGGCAUUAAAUGUGAGAAAAUUAUGGUGUCCUUUUCCUUCAAAAAUUAUAUAUGGAUUACCUACUGAGUUGAAGAUAUUGGGGUAGUUCCUUGGAACGAAAAAAAAAAGGUGAAUAAAUUAGUUUUCUGAUUCAAGAAGUUUGGCUGAUGAACCCAGGGAUACCUGGAAAACCCGUUUCUUAUUAUGUAAAACCACACAGCAGCCUUCCUAAAAUUAUUACUGAUAUAAUCUUUUCUUAAGCUCAUCCAGUGCGGUAUAAUAUGGGUAAAAAAGGUCAAAGAAACUGACUUACUGCUAAAAAUAUGUGAACUUUGUGAAUAAUUGCUAUGUCAAUUCUAGUGAGAGUCAUCAUAGGCCUUUCCAUUUGCUUAGAGAUUCACCAGCAUACCCUAAGGUGACUAAUGAGUGACAGCAGAAUUUCUUAGUUGAAUCAGACAGUAGAGGUUUAAUAACUGCUUGUGAAUUGAUUAAACGAGUGGAAAAUACUUUACAUACUAGUAUCUCAGGUGAUUUGUUACAUGGAUGGUGAUAUGGCUUGGCUGUGUUCCCACCCAAAUCUUAUCUUGAAUUGUAGUUCCCAUAGUCCCCACGUGUCAUGGGAGGGACUUGGUGGGAGGUAAUUGAAUCAUGGGGGUGGCCACCUCCAUGCUGUUCUUGUGAUAGUGAGUUCUCACAAGAUCUGAUGGUUUUAUAAGGGGCUUUUCCUCCUUUUACUCGGCACUUCUCCUUUAUGCCACCAUGUGAAGAAGGAUGUAUUUGCGUCCCUUUCUGCCAUGAUUGUAAGUUUCCUAAGGCCUCCACAGCCCUGCAGAACUUAAACACAAUGCAAGAAAAGCUGCUUCUGACAUUUUCAUAAUACCUUAUAUAUUGGGGAAAAGAAAGGAGCCAAGGAAGCCAGCCUGAGGAAGAUCAUUACCAUUAGAAUAUUUGACCGUGAGGAAUAUGAGAAAGAGUGCAGUUUCUCCCUUGUGCUUGAGGAACCAAAAUGGAUAAGAAGAGGAAUGAAAGCCCUGUUAUUGAAUGAGCUUGGUGGCUUCACAAUAACAGGCCAACCUGUCUUCAGGAAGGUUCAUGCUAGAGAACAUCCGAUUCUCUCUACUGUAAUCACCAUUGCAGAUGAAUAUGAUGACAAGCAGCCACUGACCAGCAAAGAGGAAGAGGAGAGGCGCAUUGCAGAAAUGGGGCGCCCCAUCCUGGGAGAGCACACCAAGUUGGAAGUGAUCAUUGAAGAAUCCUAUGAAUUCAAGAGUACUGUGGACAAACUCAUUAAGAAGACAAACCUGGCCCUUGUGGUUGGGACAAACAGCUGGAGAGAACAGUUCAUUGAAGCUAUCACUGUCAGUGCUGGGGAAGAUGAUGACGACGAUGAAUGUGGGGAAGAGAAGCUGCCCUCCUGUUUCGAUUACGUGAUGCACUUUCUGACUGUGUUCUGGAAGGUCCUCUUUGCCUUCGUCCCCCCUACUGAAUACUGGAAUGGCUGGGCGUGUUUCAUUGUCUCCAUCCUCAUGAUUGGCCUACUGACAGCUUUCAUUGGAGACCUGGCUUCCCACUUUGGCUGCACCAUUGGCCUGAAAGAUUCUGUGACUGCAGUCGUGUUCGUCGCACUUGGAACAUCAGUGCCAGACACAUUUGCCAGCAAAGUGGCAGCCACCCAGGACCAGUAUGCAGACGCCUCCAUAGGUAACGUCACGGGCAGCAACGCGGUGAACGUCUUCCUGGGAAUCGGUGUGGCCUGGUCCAUCGCUGCCAUCUACCACGCAGCCAACGGGGAACAGUUCAAAGUGUCCCCUGGCACACUAGCUUUCUCUGUCACUCUCUUCACCAUUUUUGCUUUCAUCAAUGUGGGGGUGCUGCUGUAUCGGCGGAGGCCAGAAAUCGGAGGUGAGCUGGGUGGGCCCCGGACUGCCAAGCUCCUCACAUCCUGCCUCUUUGUGCUCCUAUGGCUCUUGUACAUUUUCUUCUCCUCCCUGGAGGCCUACUGCCACAUAAAAGGCUUCUAAAGGAACUAUCAGAUAUAGUAAAUUUAUAUAUAUAUACAUAUAUAUACAUAAAAAUUAUGUAUAACGGACAGAGGAAACUGACGUUUGUCAUGUUCACUUACCUGCUGAUGGAAUCCAGCUUCAAGAGCAUACUCUGUACUAGGGCCGAAGUAAAAAACCAUCACCUCCCAUUCCCAGGGGCAUCAUCAUGUUCAACAAGGCACGGAGGCAGGGCCAUCUUUGCAGCUCAGUCUAGAAGGGCUGCACUCUCUCCAGGUUCAUAAAUCCUUAAGGCUUUGAUUUGUUUUCUUGUUUUUGAUUUUGUUUUCAAUGGGGCUGGGGAGGUAGUUAAUGUUUGGCUUUAUUUUUGUUAUUUUGUUUUGUUUUGUUGGGAGGGUCAGGGUGGUUGCUUUUCUUUGUGGAAAGUGAAACUAUCCAAAUGUAAAUGGGUUUUGGUAAAAAUUUAAAUCAUUACUAUUCCCCCUCACCUCCCCCAAUCACUUUAAAACUUAUUUUGGAUUAAGAAAAAAUCUGGGCAUGGAAGAAGAAAGAAGCAUGUCUUCAUUGUAUUACCAAAGUUCAUGCUUGUCUCCGGAAUGUGAGCAGAGGUGAAGCUGCCUCCAAGAAGAAGCAUAAGAGUGGAAUGGAGCCAGGAAAUCCAAUGGUUCUAGAUAUAGUCUGAUAUUUAAACAUGUGAUACCUGGCAGUCUCGUUUAACAGGUAGAAGGAAAACGUGCCUAGAUUCCCAGGAACACGCAAAAUCCUUUCUUUCUUAUCUCUUUAGCUCUGGACUAUGAUUAGCAAGGUCCUUCUUCCAGCAUUCAGCCCAGCUAAGCCCCCAGGUGCCCCAUCCCAACCCUGUUCCUCCUGUCCACCUGCCAUCCCCUAUGCAAACAGUAAGAAUAACCCCAUUCAAAAAGCACAUCAUCGUUUUCCAUUUGCAUUAACAUGUGUCUCAGUCCCAUGUUGCCAUUGCUUGGGAUUGUCUGUCCGUUUUAUUUUCAAAGGCAUCCAUGGCUUGCACAAUCCUGUUCCAGUCAUGACUGAACAUUUGCUCCUUCUUCAUGUGCCUGUUCGGAAAUGUUGUUGUGAUACCUGUUACCCAGUGCAUGGUGAAAAACAAAUAAAACAAAACAAAGAGUAUCUGUAUAUAGUAGAGUAUAGUACAUACUGUUCUCCCAUUUGGCAAUGUUGAUUGGACAUUGAAGACAUAGUGAGUUUUCUUUUCACCUAAGUUGUUACUUUUGUGUUGUUAUUGAGUUUGAUUAAUUACUAGGGAUAAAAGGAGAAAAUGGCUUAUUGUUCAUGGUUCUGCACAUUCAUUUCUAAGAAGCAAUAACUGUCAUGUGGGGAGAAGUUAAAGUUAUUGAGAGGAUAGCAGGCAAACUACAAAGAUCUUCAUGGAAAAUUAGCCAUGUGGAACACAUCAGAGGCCUCUAAAAAUCACCCAUUAAUUCAGGAAGGCCAACGAGAAAGGCCUUAUAGAGACGUUGAUAUGUUGGAUGUGCCUAGGCUUUCAGAGCCACCCUUUCCACCACACCCCUCCCUGCAAAGUAUUUAUUUCACAUCUGCACUGUCUGGCACAGAUGGUAGAUAGUGCUGGUUUGUUCAUUUUAUUUUUUUACGUAAAAGGGUAUUUUGAGCCCUGUUUCUUUCACUGUCCAGUCUAGUCCCCUUUGAUUAUAUAAGUAGUUCCUGAGUAAGAAAGAAGCCAGGGUGACCAAUGGGCCUUUAAAAGUGUGUCUCCUCUACUUAUGCUGAAAGAGAAGGCAAUUAAGUAAGACUAGUACCUCCCAGGAGGAUUGGACUGGGAUGUUUUAACCCUUUAAAAAGAAUAGCUGUUUCUAUGUUAAAAUACCAAAGAACAUGGAUAAACCCAACAUUCCAAAGUAAUGAGUCCACUAAUGAGAAAAAAAAUAGAAUGACAUUGGUCACCUCUCGGAGACUUCUGUGUCUAUGAGGAAUCCCAGGCAGGAGACAUCCCUAGCCCUCUGUAUUGAUUCAAAAAUACUUAAUAAAUUAAAGCUGUUGAGACUUAUUUUUUCUUCUGUCACUCAGUAACCAUGAUCCUUCAUCAUUUAAUAAACAUUUGGUGACUGAAUGAGUAAUUAAAUGCUGGUACCCACUUAAUGUGCCAGGUAGUAUGAUACUUUCUGGGGACUAAGCCAUGAACAAAACAGUCUAGAUCCCUGCCCUCAGAAGGGUUACAGUUUAUGUGAUUACUAUUUUCAUGAGUAAAAGUGAAGAAAGCCAUAUGGAAAGAUUUUUAUCUUGCAAGAAAAAAACAAUUACGAAACUCUUUUAACAUAAAAACACUGAAACUGUAUCAAAGCAAUUGUCCAAAUUGUAUAUAUACCCAAGAUUUUCUUUAACUAAGAGAGCAUAAAGCAUAUGUUUGGAAAACCACCCUCUUUAUCUUUGACCAACUUGCAAAUAUAUCUCUCCAUUUUAAACCAAGAAGGGCAAUCAUGUUGGUGAUCCAGAUCACUGAGAAAGCCCAAUGUAUCCCAUCUUUUAUCUUUGUUGGCAAUAGAACUUUUCUAUGGCCCACACUUUACAAUUCUUUGUCAUUCUAACCCAUCUUUCCCAUCCUUUUUUUGUUUUGUUUUGAGAAUUGCUAAAUGGAAAGCUAGCCUAGAAGCACCAAGUAAAUAUAUUCAAGGAAUAUAAAUUGUUUAAACAUUAGAAAAAUUUUUGCACUCAUUUUUUAGCUGUAUUAGGAAUGUCAAUAAUCCUGUAGCAAAUUUUCACAGAGAACUUUAAGAAAUUCUUGCAUUGGUCAAUUUCAAUUUGAAAGCUUUUUGGUUUGUUUGCUUUUUAAAUUUUCAUGUUCUAGGAAACUAUGAUUCUGGUUGUUCAGGAUUGUUAUUAUUAUAGUUGUGUAAAAUUAUUUUAUUUUGUGUGUAUUGUGCACAGCUUGGGGGGGCGGGAAAUGCACUAAUUGUGCUCUUCCUUAUAAAUGGUACAUAUUACUGACACAGACAAAUAAAGUUUCUAAUUGUUUCUGAUUUACUCACUAGUGAUACAGCAUAUUCUGUAUGAAAUGUUUUCUCUUUUCUCAUUGUCAUCUACUUCAUUUUUUGUUUUCAUGUUUUGAAGAAAUAAAAACCAAAAUGGUAUUAUUGUGCAACUGGUAUCAUCAUCGAAAGAAAAAAGCAGACACCAGGUAUUCAAACUCUUGCAAAAGUCAACCCUUCAGUCAUGCAAUGUUCUCUUUUUAAUGUCCCAAGAGAACACAGUGUCAGAAUAUUUGUCUGUCCUACAGUGCUGAGAUAUAUGUUGGACAUUCCUCCAUUUCACUGAUUUUUUUACAUUGCUUAGUAUGACUCUAUCUACAUCCUUUCCUGCAUCCAGGAUCAUGAGCCCAUAAACAGUUACAUGUCAGACAACUUUUUAGCAUGCAGAGUAUUACAUCAAAUCAGUCGAUCCCAAAAAAUUCCAAUCCCAAAAUUGAUGAUAGUACAGUUUCUUCCCAAGGGGAUGCUUAAGUAAAUUGCUCUUUUAGUUUCAUAUGUUAUAUUCCUCUUGGCUUGCAGAACUUCUGCCUUGCAUUAAUAAUUUCUGUCUAUAUGUUAUUGACUUCAUGUAUCAUAUAGUCAAAAGAGUAUAGAAGGAAGUGACAUCAGAAAUGGAAUAAGCAUUUGUGGGAAGAAAAUGUGACCUCUAAGGUUUGUGUACUUAUUUGAAGUUGACAUAUUAGUGGACUUAGUUCUUACUGUAAUAGAAUCUGUCCACGUGUACAAGUAAAUGCUACUUUAUUCAUCUGAUCAUCUUUAAAAUUUUCUUUAGUAUUCCUCAUUAUAUUCUUAUAUGGUCAUAUGUGGUAUACUUUCAUGUAUGAAUGAAGGCAUUAUUUAAAUAUUUUAUUGUAUCAAACUGUCAAUAUGUCUCUUGAGUACCAGCCUUUGGUUUAACACAAAAUGAGCAGCCAACAUUUAUUUCUUUAAACAGCAAAAAGAUUAAUUCAGUGACCAGAGUUCCUUGACCAUCUAACAACCUUUCAGAAAAAUUCUGUGACCUGAUAAUUAUCAACUUCUUACAAGCAAAUUUUAAUGGGUUCAGAUUUUCUGAUUCCAUCCUUCAACCAGUGAGGGUUUUAUAAAAUUUUGCUUUUUGUAGUUCAUAGCCUAAUAGCAGUAAUUUUUUGUUGCUUUUCAAACAUAAAAUUGUUACAAAAUAUUGUUUUAGAAACCCUGCAAAGAUUCUGAUGCAUGCCUUUCCCCUGUGGCCUCACUAUUAAUGAAAGCUCACCACUCACAUUGCAUUUUCCACAGGGGUCUUGACUCAUUGGUGAUUCCACAGCAAAAGGUCCCUGAUUCUAAACUGUUAAAAUAAAGUGAGAAUGACGUACAUCUGCUAACUCUGUGGAAGCAAUUAGAAAAUUUUCUCUGGUAGAUGAUGAUGCCCUCCAUCCUCUAAUAGUGGCAGAACUUUGCCUAUUCAAGAGUAUAAAUCAGCCCCUUUAAGACUUCUUUUAAUAUUUUUGGGCUCAGGAUAUGGAGUCUCUCUGUUGAUUCUGACUUUCUGACUAUGAUUUUGGGCAGUUGCAUCCAGAGCAAGUUCUGAGUGUAGUUUCAUAACUUCAGGAACGUUUGGCCAUUUUAUGAUUGAAAACAUGUAAUAUUGGAUAUCACCUGACCUACAACUGGCAUUCAGCUUUUAUCAUUGUAAUCACUUCACUUGGCCAAGGCAGUUGGUAAAACUGAGCAAAGUUAAAUAUAAAUUCCAAUCAUUAAAUUGGUGAGUGCAUUAUGCGGAAGACACAGAAUCCUAUUUCAGAAAAAGAAACAUGCUAUUAUAAGUGGAUUCCUUAGAUUCAGAUAUACCUGUGGAGUUUUGCUGAUAGAAUGCAGUUCUGCUAUUCCUUUUUACCAUUAUGUACUUGCCACUUCUAACCAUCUUGUUGUCUUCCCAUCAUGCAGUACAUUUCAAAAUCUGGGCGGUCCUGAUGGUAUUACACCCACAAGGACAGCAUGGGAAGGGUAAACAAUUGAAAUAGAUAUUUCAUGCUGGGAGCUUAAUUAGGCCAUGAUUAAUCGUCUCUCAAAGCAGAGACUGUCUUAUCUAUAGAAGGAGCAAUCACUGAGAGGUGGAACUCCCAAGGGAAAUCUCUGCAGGUUUCCAGCCCACAAGAAAUGGUAAGUAUUUCACUUUCUUUGACGUUUUCCCUGCCUGUCAAGAUGUCCACACGUACUCAGAGGUGGUCCACAUUUUCAUUUUUGUCAAAGGUUCUCUGAUUUAAUUUUGUAAGAAACAUUUAAAUCAGUUGUUAUGCAAAUUAUUGUUCAUUUUGUUUUAUUUUUAGGAAAGAGCAUUACUUUGUAACUUCAAAAAGCACUAUGACUUAGUAGUUAAAAUUAUGACCCAUAUUUUUUCAGGAAGACUUGCUUGCCCAAAAUUGUCUUGUCUAUCUGUUAUCAAUGCAGUCAUUCAUAGCUGCUUCAGUGGUUCACAUUUUUUAGAAUCAUGCUUCCCUAGCCUUUUUUCAAAGAGUUGGAGAGUUUUCCCCUUGGAAAUAGGUAAAAAAAAAAAAAAAAAAAGUUUAAUAGUUUGCACUUUAAACACAAAGCAAAGGGAGAUACUUUUAAAUGCCAAAUCUUUCCUUUCCUUUCCCUAAUUUCAGCCUUUGCAGUUCUUCGAUGGCUACUCCCAUUAUAUCCAACUACCCUUAGUGAUUGAUGCUCACUAUUACCUCUCAGCAAUAGGGAAAGGGCUUAUGAUAUAAAGUGAUUGCUCAAGACAUGUUUUUCUGAAAGUGAACUUAUCAUAGGAGAAAUCAAAUAUAAUGACAUUCCACCUAAAUAACAGUCACUAGGACAUAGUAUGGAAUCUUUAUAAAUGAGCGGGACAGAUUAUACCUACAGUUACACACUAUAAUAGUGUUGUUUAUUUUAUACCUCUUGAAUCCUAUUUAUUAUGCUUCAGUGCCCAUCGACCUACCCUUUUAUUCUAUCAAUAUAUGUAGGUGUGGAUUGGGAAUGAGAACCAACAUUCACAUCCCUGAUGCUCAUGAGAGUUUCUACAAAGGUGGAGUAUGUAAACAUAGAAAAACAUAAUAUAUAGCUUCCAUGCCUCUAAGAAAUAUGAGUGGGUCAAAUGCUUCUCUGUGGGUACUAUUUUUCUGCUAUGCAAAUGGUAGAAAAGUUCACAUUAAUAGCCAAACAGACCGAGAGAGAAAUUAGCUAACUUCACUGUUAAUCUGUCUACUUUGACAGUUAAUAUAUAGCCCAGCCCUCCUAAUUUGUUGACUGCAAAGACAGAUAUACCUAGUGAAAUCCAAAAAUGUACGGGGGGGCAGGGGCGAUAAAUUUACUAGAAUAAUUAUACAAACCUCCAUACUAAGAUUGCUUAUUCACCGAGAAGAAUCCUGCCCAGAGAUUUUCAGAGACAUUUCCUUACAUUCCCAACCUUCUUUUAAUUUACACAACUUUUUAUUAGACCCCUUGAAGCCACAUAGUAAAACAAGAGAUGAAUUAUCUAAGGAGAACUUUUGGCCCUCCCUAUAAUGUGAAGAUCAGAUACUUGACUCUAUUUCCCAUUCUUUCCAAAUGGAAAGAACAGUUCAAUUAAGUAACCAACUAUGUAACCACUUCUUGACAUAAUUCCACCUAAAAAACAAAGAGUGAACCAAAUUGUACCAACAUUAAACCUAACAGUGAUAUGAUCCAGAUGGCUAGUUUUGAGAAAAAUAAUAUUUUCUGUAGAUACCUUGCUCUCCCUUCCUGUACUCAUCCUAAUGCUCAAGUUUGAGAAAUACUCCAAGGAAGAAGUCUUGAAAGAUUGUACAUUCAAAUAAUGCUCAUGUAAUUGAGUAAUAUGGCAUUUGGGAUGAGAAUGUUCUGUGUUGUUGAUAAGAGCAUAUUUAAAAAUAAGAGAAUUGGCACAAAAAUGUGUUAACUAGGAUUUUUAUUACAAAUUGCCCUAAGAUAUUUGAAAGUUAUUAUAUUUAAGUGAAAUAAAUCCCAGUUUCCAGAAACAACAGUAUAAUUUAAAUUUAUAUUCUCAGGUUUUAUAUGAAAAUCAAAGUUGGGCAUACAUACUUUUUGGCUUUGGCAACCAAAGAAAAGCAUGUUUUUGGCACACGUUUCCAAAUUAUUGAGUUAUUUGUAGAAUACAUUGGACCUAUACAGGUAUCUCAUUAAAAUUAAGUUCAAUAAUUUCCCUUUCUUCCUUUAGCCAUAAAGUUUCUAAAUUUUACAACUUGACAGUUUAGCAAUUUCAUUUAUGAAAGGCUGAUUCCAUUUUGAUGUUGAUUUUUACAUUUCAGAAUUUUUCAUAUGUAAAUAUUUGGUACAUUAGAUGGGAUACUGAGCUUGAGUCUGGCCCAAAUGAACCACAAGGCCCAGACUGAUCUGUCAGUAGUUAGAAGGCUUCUGAUACACUGGCUUUUUAAUGCACAGCAAAUCCUAGUGUUGUUUUCAAUAUUCUUUCUUUUGACUAAAAGUUUCCAUUCCAACUGGUGAAAAAUUUUUAAAAAAGAUUUAUAACGAUAGUUAGAAAACUGUUUAUAUGAGGAUCAGACAUUGUUUCAGCACGAGUUCUUCUCUAUCCCCUCUCUCGCUACAACAUACAGCCCAGAGACACACACGUAAAAGUAGGUGAUCUCUGUAAACUUCAGCUGCAUUUUUGUAUGUCUAGGAUUGUCCUAGUAUCACAUAUCUUUUGAGAAAGAGUUGGAGAGGCAUGGAAGGAAGCAUAUUCCUGAUUUCCCUUUUUAGCUAAAGAUACAAAUUCAGAGCUGUUUGAAAAGGGCUUAGAAUAAUAUUAAUUAAACAUAUUCUGUAAUACAAAGAGAAGUACUUUUUUAAAAUCAAUUUAUUUUUCUUUCUUUUUUAGCAAGCAUUUCUGACAGAAAAUCUUUAGGGCCAAUUAGAGUUUCUUUCUGACUUUUAAUUGCCCUCUGCCUUUUGGGAAAGUGUUGAAAAAAGCUCUUGAAAAAAAUAUGCUGGUCAAGGUCAAACCCUGGGGGAUUAAAAACAUGAGAUUUUUAUAUUUUCCCUCCAAACAUAGCACUGAGCGGGCAGGUUCCCAUGCCUGUUGUUAAUCGGCAUUUUCUAAACGUGUUUUGGUGUGCUGGGAGCAGAAGAGUAGGAGGCCCACCCAGUCCCACCACACAUACCGGGACAUCUUUGACCACAGGGGUACUCUGCCGUUCAUAGUUUAGCUUAGAUGUUCUUAACUGAACUAACUUCCAAUUUUCAUAUUCACUGAUCAUCUUGUCCCUAGCAUUUUCCCUCCAAGAUCCUGCUAACAGGCAAACUAGCCCUUUCUAACAGUUGGUACCUGAGAUUUCUCAGAGCGCUUUUAUCAGAGUAAGGAAUGAGAUUGCAGAAGGGGCAGUAAUGUCAAUACCAAGUUAUUGGAAACUACUUAACCAGCCACUGCAUUACAUACUGGAGCCCGUCUAGGACACUUACCCUUGGAAAUAGUGGAAAGACUUUGUUUUAUUUCUAUUUCAUCAACAGAACUUUUGUAGCAUUAAAUCUAAGCAAACGAUAACAUCAUAUUAUAAUGGAAAGUUAUUUUUAACUACAACUGUUAUUGUUAAAUUUAGAAGAAAAUAUUGUCUUUGAAGUUUCAGUCCAAAACUCUAAGGAGAGCAAGGCUUUUACUGCCAUCGGUAAUCCUGUGAGAGAUUUGACACUCCAGAUCUUAUUUGAGAUAGAUAAGUCUAUGAUAAAUAUAUGUAUGAGCUUUAAAAUAUUCUUGAUAUUCUCAGGUUGUUCUCACAAAUUCUGCAUAGAUUUAGUUUUUUUUUUUUAAUGAGAACAUUUCUUAUCAAAAAGGAUCGAAAAUUUUUCCAAUAACUGGUUGUUAAAUGAGUCUAGCACCCAAAGAAGCUGUGAGCAGUUGGUUCUAUCAGUGACUCUUCUAGGAGCUCUUUCCAGGUUGGUCUCGAACUCCUGACCUCAGGUGAUCCACCUGUCCCGGCUUCCCAAAGUGCUGGGAUUACAGGCAUGAGCCACUUCGCCCGCCCUGGUUGUUCUGACUCAAUCCCUAGACACAUUCUUCAGAAACAACUGUACAUGGUGAGAGAAAAGUCAAAAGGAGAAAAGUUUUCCUUCCUUAAAAAUAGACUAAAUUUGCUUAUCACCUUUAAAAUUUGGACGGAAUGUUUAAACUUUAAACACAAAGCAAAGGGAGAUGCUCUUAAAUGUCAAAUCUGAAGCAAAAGUUGCAUUUUUGCAAAGCUAUCCAGAAGAUGUGUUAAUUAUUGAGACAUGGGAUUCAUUAACACAUCAGCGCCCAACCACUGCCUCUCCUGCCCCAUUCACGUAGUAUCGACAAUCAAAUAAGCAGCUGGGCAGGGGAAACCUAUCACUGUUAAUGUCAUAAUCACAUCACCACUGAAUUACCAGAUGUGGUCAGGAACUAGGCAAAGUAGGUGGGACCAAUCCCAGGACUGGGGCCAUACCACAACCUCAGCUUAGCCCCUUGUCGGAUACGGUUUAUGAAUUUAGAACAAUGCCAGAAGUAUUUUUUUUCUUUCAGCUGUGAACCAGCCUGUUUUGUUUGACAAGCCUUUCCAGAUUCAUGCAGCUCAAUCACAUGCUUGUUGCCAGUCUUAGAGUGAACCUAUUAUCUCAGACUUGUUGCCAUAACCAAUUUUUACAAAACCGAAAGUAGCCCAGUGAGGUGGAUUGGACCUAGUGAUGAGGUGUCUACACUUGCAUCCUUUCCUUCCAAGAGAAUACUCUGACACUGCAACUCUAGAAGUCAUGUCAUUAGUAAAAUGAAAAUAAUAAUUGCUUAAUCACUGUUUAGAAUUAGUUCAUACUUCUUCAGAGCUCAAAGCCUCCACUACUCAACAUCAGAUCCAUGGAUAGUAUUAUUAUACCUUUACCCAAAGACUGGAUUUAUUUUGUUAAAAAAAAAAAACAAAAAAAAAAAACAAAAAAAAAAAAAAACAGAAUGGUCAGGGUCCCUUUAAAGCAACUGACAAAGUAUUUGAUAACAUUUUAAAACAAUGAAGAAGAAAGGAUGAUUCUGCAGAGGCUGCUGGGUUACAGAGGAGGGCAGAGCUUUUGUCAGACUCUCUUGAUGUUUUGCUCUUCCUGGUAAGUUUUUAUCUGUCAUGGUUCCCAGUGGAAUAUUCCACAUACACAUUCUGUGGGAGGCUACUGACAUGGCUCUAGACUCUGCCUUUUAUUUUCUAAUUCUCCUUGGAGAAUUAGAACAGGCAUUCCAGAGCUUGUAAUAUAGAGGGAAAAAAGAAAAAAUGGCAGAUGCCUCAUUGAUGGAUCCAGAAGUUUUAUACAAAAGCACACACCAUUCUGAUUGUCUCUAUAUUAACAUUGUACUCACCAAACAGGUUUCUUAAGGUGACUGGAACAAGAUAAAUAUCAACUGGAUAAUUACCUAAGGAAAAAGAAUAAAAAAGAAAUCAAAGCAAAAAAUUGGUCAGUUUAGCAAAUGUGUCUUCCAGGAUCAUAGGCUCAUAAACUAUACAGUCAAGAGAGUGAAACAAUUUUAAAAUCAAAAGUUAGAGCCUUUUAUAUUUCUUCGGAUAGACAAUUUCAUAAAUCAAGCAUUUAUUUUGUGCAAAGUAUUAUAUUAGGUACCCUAAGAUGGUAUAUAAAGAAUUCAAAACAGAGUAAUUUAAGAAAAUUAACACUGGUCCUUGAUUUAGUCAGGAAGAGUCCAAUUAUGGCAUUCCAAUUAAAUUAACCUUCCAUUUUGGUCUACAGACAUUUUAUCAAUUUGAAAUUGCUUAAUGGGGCCAUUUUGAAACCUAUCAAGAAACUUUCCUGUAAUAGAAAUAUUAAUUUUCUUAAUUUCACAUUCUGUCUUCCACUAAUAAGAUAAACGGAUUCAGACCCAACACACACAUCCAGAGAUUACCAUGAGCCAAGACCUGUGUAAGUUUGAUAUACGGUAUUUUAUUCAACAUUUCAAGUUUGGAAAAUCUUAUGACAAAGAUAAUUUGCCUCACCAUUGCUGAAUUCUUUUACUAGGUGUUGAUGCUAAUUCAUCACUGGAUUUUCUUAACUCUGCCUGUUGCUCUUUUGGACUUUGAGGCAUGUGGUCCUAUUUCAGUGAGUUACAACUCCAGCCCUCAUCUUUUAACAGCAAACUAGAGAAGAUCUCACUCUUCAUCUCUGAGGACACAGUGUUCUCUUCAUUUUAACAUCAAAAAGUCACCAGAGAGAAGACCCAAAGGCUUUUCUCUUUGGAAAAGCAAUCUUUAAUUGUUUCAGAGGGUGAUGAAUCUUCGGCUCUCUAGACUUGAUUUUCCUCAUCAUUAAAUGGGAGGACUUUACCUUUGGCUUGAUUUUCCAGAACACAUCAAGCCCUGUAUGAUCAGUGUUUCCCUGUUAUCAUCCACUUAUGUGUAUGGGUUGAAGGUACUUUAAGUUGUGAACCAGCUGCUGCCCAUAUUGGGUCACCAAUGCACUUGUCAAGCCCAUGUAACCACAUGAAGUCUGACAGAAAUAUAAACAUUUAUUUUGAAAUAAUUCCAUGUGCAUGGUUGGAAAAACAGUCUCCCUUCCCUGAAAGGAAUGAGUAAUUUCUCCCUUUUCAAGAAGUGUACAGUAGAAAAUGUAAUGAGAUUGGAAUGGAUUCCAAAUCAGUGACCUUUUUAAGGCUGAAACCACUAUUUUAAAUGAAACUUUAAGUUCAUACAGUUUCUUAUAGUAAUUCUACUUUUAUUUUUUAGUCAUUGUGCUUAAUCUUUUAGGAAAAAAACUAACCAGUUAUUUUUUACUAAAGUAUGUGAAUUACAAACAGGAUGUGCAACGACCAGGCAGAGAGAUAUUUAAAGGUAUAACUAUUCUAAAGGAAGAUGAGAAAAAAUUCAUCUGCUACAGAUUCAACUGUCUUUUAAAUGCCUCCCUUGUCAUGGAGUAAAUGACUACUCAAAAGGAUUUCACAAAAGACUUAAAUCUCACCCUUAGCAAUCAACCAGUCGGCCACAGCUCAAAUGCCUCAUUAGCAAAAUGAAAUUACACAACAGCCAAAACAUAGCAAGAGAAUGUAGACAUUUCCAUGGGGGGAAGAAAAGAAGAAAGAAAAAGCAACCAUAGUGAACUCUGCUUGCAUAAACAAAGAAUGUUUUAGUGGGAUAAAUGUAAGCUUUCUCUUGAAGGAAUCCCAGUUAGAAUGUCAUUGGAAACGGCAAAACUAUUUCAGCUUCAUAGCAGUAAUAUAUUCCAACUUUAUUACCACUGAGGCAGAAAGCUAAAUUUGUCAGGGGGAAAGGUAAGCAAAAAUUACUGACAUUGCAACAGAUAAAAUGAUCUUGUGAGACUCAAUAUUGAGAAAGAAAAUUAAAAUAGCUAAUAUUUCUGUUAUAAUUCCAGUGAUUACUAAGACUUCUGCCAAGGGAUAAAAUUAUUUUCCUUCUCUCAUUAUAAAUUUCUAUAUAGAGCUAUUUUAAUGCAGUAAGGAUUGUAUUUUCAUAUUUUAAUAAAUCCCUCACGUUGAAUUUGCCCCCCAUUUCAGAUUUGAUUAGGAAAUACUAAAUUGAGAAGGCAGGCUUUUCCAUCGUUUUAAAAACAAGUAUGCACCAUAAGCAUUUUCAGCUGAUGUCUGCCUUAAGCAAUCUUGGUAGAGCUGUCAAUCAGUGGCAGGUGCUUGUUUAAGGAAGAGAACCUGUGAAUAGAUUUAGCCUUUCUUCCUCACAGGCAGCUGCUCAUUCACACACGAUCAUCUCUUCUUCCUCAACUUCUUGCACCAAUCCCACCUCUUGGAUUGAUCCACAUCCACCUAGCAGUUGAACAAACUGCAGAUUCUAAUUACAUGUCCCGACAGCUUGCUCAACUUAAUUUUUCACCAACUGAAUUUCAUGCAUUGCCCCCGAUGUUCCUUCCCUCUGUUCACUCUUUUAUAUAAGUCCUUGCAUUUGACAUACUUUAAAAUGGGUUUGACUAGGGAAAAAAAAAAAAACCAAGUCAGCAAACCCUUGUGUUCAUUCAAGAAAUUGUGAACAAAUUUAGCUGUUAUGGUAAUAAUCCUGAGGUGAGGGAGAAAAUAUCACCUAUGUGACAAGAGAUCAUUUUAACGCUAUUACUAAAAUAGUAUUCUAUGAAUAGAGGCCAUAGAAUUUUCUACAAAUAGACUUCUAGGGACUUACAUUUUGAAUCAUAUCUUACUUAUAGGUUUGCUCUAUAUACUGAUAAACUUCUGAACCUAAAGAUUCUCUAUAAUUAAACUAGCACAAAUAAAAUCUGUCCCUUACCCACAUUAUAAGAAUGUCUGGUGGGGGAAAUCCAGUAUUGACCUUCACAUUCCACAUGGAAAAGCUUUGUCCCCAGAGUGCAAUUAGGGUGAUUAAAAAUAAGCGGCUUUGGUGAGUCUCAAGUUUGGUCCCCAAACAAGCAGCAUCAGCAACUGGAAAUUUGUUAGACAUGCAAAUUAUCCAGUCCCACCUAAGAGCUCAGCCCAGAUCUAUGAAUCAAAAAUUUUGGAGUGACCCUGGCAAUAUGUGCUUUAAUAAGCCCUUAGGAUGAUUCUGAUGCAUGCUCAAAUUUGAGAAUCAUUGAUCUAUGACACAGCAUUCUGAGUGGCCAAGAAUAAACAAUGUCACCCACUGUUUAAUUAUGCUUUCCCUCAAGAAAAGGUUUAAAUGCUUAAAAGGUAGGUUCUUUAUAGAGACAAUGCGUUCAGAUAUAUGGGAGAUAUGUCCACCAUUCAGACUUACAAUAUAAUUUUAAGGGACAUUAAUCCUUAUGUCUUUUUCUGACAUAACUGAGCUUGAGGCAGGCUUUCCAAUCAGAGAGAUUUCUAAUCAGCUUUUCUAGUUCUUUUAAAACCCCACAGCUGAUCUACUUUGCCUGACUUCCCCAGGGCCUAGAAAAUGACCCUGGACACCUUUCUCUAAUUGAUUAGCUCUGGCUGAUUUGCCUGAAUGCUAAACCACUGUGUAACAGUACUAAGUUAUACUUAAUGACACAGUCUACUAUUUUCAAGAGUGCUGUGUAUGACUGGCUGAGAUAAAAGGAUUGCUGUCUAUGAGUGAGUUUUAGUUUUAGAAUUCAUUUUCAAAGAUGCACAAGGCUCAAGAAGCUUGAAAACCACAGAUAAUGUAUACAGUAGCCGGAGUCUCCUGGAGGCUCCUUUCUAGGGUCUCUCAUUUGAAUUGGUGCAGAACUGAAGGAACUGAAGUAGAGAGUCAGAAAGUAACUUUGCUUAUAAAAAUGGCUUAGGAAAAGGAACUUAAGAUUGUGGGUUAUAUGUGUGUAUGUGUGCACACGCAUGUAUGUCUCCUUAAUUCUAACCUGAAAAUGCCACAUUUGUGGAUACUUAAAAUACUCAUGCAUUUUGAUACAGAAAAACAAUUCAAAGCAUGUAAAAGGAGGCUGGAAAUGUAAGCUUAACAGUGACAUUCUGGAGAAAAAUGUUGUAACUGUCACUCCAGGCCUCCCUUAGGAGAAAUCAAAGUUGUCAGAUAUUUUGGAAUGGUUGCUCUUUUUCAGGAAUUAGAAUAACUGAAGUAUGAUACUGUGUUCUGUGUGCUUUAAAAUCUGUGACCCUCCCCUGUUGCUGGUCAUAGCUUCAGCAUUUGAGUGUCCAUUGUUGCUGAGGGCAUUUUCUCAUUGGCUCUUUUCCCCAUUGUCCCAUUCCUCUCACUCACACCUGAUUACCAAAUCGCUCCAACGAAAUCACAAUCACUCCUUCCUGUGUUUCCACCAUUGUGUACAUCUUCAUUUGCACACCCUAUUUUUUAAUCAAAGUUAAAGCCUCACCAACAUGGUACUUCUUAGAACAAUCACCCACUUCUGGCCACUUUGUGAUGGGAAAUACAUCUUUGCAGGGGAAGGAGCUGGAUCAGACUGACAGGGUUUCACUCAGACUAUUUCAAACAGUGCGAAGCCUUGACCUCAUUCCCGACUUUUGCUGUCCAUAGUGGUUGGUUUCUUGUUUUCUCUUUCUUUUUUUUAAACAGAAACUCUUAAGCUCAAGGCUAAAUUAUAGUGGGGACUUGCCUUUGUCUGCAGUCCAUGGUUUCUGUAUUGGCUCAAGUCUUGAAAUCUUGAAACAAGCCUAAAUUAAAAUUUUCUCUUAGCUUAAGAAAAAAAGUUACAUAUUGUCAAGACCCUUAUGUGUGUGGUGCAUUAAAAAGAUCUUGAUAUUAGAAGGUAACAGCAAAUUGUUUCUUAUCCCACAACAGCUUUGCCUUUCAGUGUCAUUUGUGGUGGUUUUCGUAGGUCAGUGGUACAAUUCAACACUCUUUCCAAUAAGCCAUAAUAAUAAUUGUUGGCACAACUGUUAUUACAACAGGACUUGCCUGGGUUCCAUCUAUUAAUUUUUAUAGACAGUAGGAAGCUCACACUGAGGAGACAUUUGUAGCUUCCUGGACAAGGGCAAAAGAAGGAACUAGCAUAUUGUACAUACUGUGUACGUGCACAGAACACUGGUCUGUGCCUCUGGGGUGUUCUCAGAGGGGCAGGCCAGAAGGCAGGAUUCAGGUAGGAAAUGAAUCUAGGACUUCUCUUGCCUUUGAUGGUUACUGAUGGCAAUUGUGUUUCCCACUGAAUAACUUAGUGGACAAUUUUGAUAGUAAACUGAACUCAUACCGAGCAAGUAGAACAGUCAAUCCAUAAAGAAAAGGGUGGCAUAUCAUAAUGCCAGAAACCUUCUCUUCCUAAGAGGUGAUCAUGAAUUUCCUACACAGGGCAAAAAAGGGAAGAAUAGCCUAUUCAUAUUCUGUAUUCACAGUUUGAAGGACCCAUCACAAAUGACCUUCAAAGACUGACAGGGGGCGGGUAGAAGGGAGGCAAAAAUGCAGAGAAAAAGAUGUUACCUUGAAAAAUGAAGUAAGAAAUCCUAAUAUUCCCGUAGUUGAUCCUAAAGUUUGUUCCCAUGUCUACAGUUAUUUUUAAAUAACUUCACUACACUUUGAAAUUCCUUAGUGGUGGUUUAUCAGUAAUACUUAAACUUUUCCGUUUCUAUUCUUUGCUGCCAAUGAAUGUAAUCUCCACGACUUGCCAUUUGAGUGCACGCACAGACACACACACAUAAUGGUAUAUGCAUCAUAUAUUACUCAUUUUGUGGGAAACACAAUGUAUUAUAAUCAAAAAGAUUUCAGAACAUUCUUUCAGUGUGUUUCAGUGACAAAAUUUUAUGGGGGAAUGGAGGUACACAUACCCUCUUUGCUGACCAUAUUGUUGAAAUUAUGAUCUUAAGCAACACUGUUAGAAAUGCUUGCAUAAAAUAUCUUCUCUAGUAUUAAUAAAUUGAUUCGCUUUGAAUUUAAGUUUCAAAAAAAUGCACUAAACAAAUAUUUUUAUAUCUGUGGUAUUUUCCUAUUAACUACUCUUAGUGAACACGUGACCAUAUACCUGAUAUCAUUAAAAAGGAACAUGGCCUAAACGAAACGUUAAAAGUGGAGGUAUUUAUAAAGUCUUCUGCCAAAGACCAUUGUUUAAUGAUCUGUAAAAUGUAGAUUAUCUUCUUUUAUUAUGAAUGUGAUUGUAAGAAACACCCUAACAUUCUCUAUCUUUUGAAAAUGAAUAUUUUGUAUUUCUAAGGACCAAGGAAAAUAUUUUUUAAGCCAAUGUAGUACACAGAAGCCUUGUAAAUGAGAGGUACAAUGACUUGGAUCAACUGCAUAAUGCUAGAUUAGAAUUCCAACAUUUGAUGAUAAAUUUGUCAAUCUUUCCUAUAAUUCUUAUACUGCACUAAAUUACAUUUUGGAAAUUUCAGCUAAUCUUUUCAAGUUAAAGGCACCAACAUUAAUGACAGAUCUUGUCUAAUAUGAAAAGCAUCAAAACAUUCCCUUUCAAGAACUCUGAAUAGAUGAAAAUUGCCAUAUAAUUUUCCCACCUACCUAACCAUUCCAUGUAAGUUAACUCAGCGGUCUAACAAUGUUGUACAGAAGGUUGACAGACAUGUGCACCAAGAAUAUUUAAGUUGUGCAGUUAGCAAGAACUAGCCAUUUCAAAAUAUACUCAAAUGUUUUGUAAAUAAAAAUUUUGACUCCUAUAGUUUUGUUCAAACUGCUGUCUUUCAAAAUAAUUAGAUUUUAUUUGAAUUUUAAAAGUAAUCUGUUGUAAAUCAGAUGUUACUUUGUUGACUCUGUGAUUCAAUGUACACUCAGCCAUAUUCCUGUGGGGAAAUAUCAAUCUUACCGACUUUCAUGGCAUGAGCCAGAGAUUCAUAGUUUCCUUUAGGACUAUAAGUAUGAAGACAAAACACACCAAAAUGAAAUGCUAGUGAAGAAAUUAGAAACCUAUUGUAUAAAAUGUAUUUUUAAAAUCUUAAGAUAUAUGUGAUUUACACUGCCUGUUAAUCUAGUCUCUUUGUGAUUAACAAAAAACACAUAAUAUUUGUUAAGACUCUGAAACACCAAAUAUUUGUGAUGUUUGUAUAGCACCAUUGUUAUAUGUGAUUUCAAAGGGUAAGCAUCUCCGUUGUAAUCACGUGAGCCCACAGAAGAAUAAAUUCCUGCUGUUAUGUACAACCAACUCUCAGAAUUCAAACUUCCUGCAGCUGCCGUAUCACCAAUAAAUGAGAAUUGUGAAAAACAA